UUGUUUCAAAUAACAUAUUUUGACCUUGAAAAUUUUAAGUACCAGGUCAAGAUGCUAUUCAUUUCACAAAAUUAUACUUCAAAAGUCGACCUCUGGCAAAUGGGGGCCCUGUUUUCAGCCUUCUGUGCAAUUGCUACUUUUUUACUUUGUAUUUUCAACCGUGAACCAGAAACGUUUUUUUCAGGCUUAUCAUCAAAAACAGCAUAUCGCUUUUGUGGUUUGAAAUCAUAUGAAGAUAAAGUGUCUGCUCAAUUUAAAAGAUGCUCCUUGGUGCAUGUUAAUGUAUUACUCAGACAUGGAACUAGAGCACCAGAUUCCAAAUCAAUCAAAUCUUUCACAGAUUUACACGAACGUCUUAAAGAAAGUUAUAACAAUGGAUCACCAAUUCCUUACAAACUUCUAACACAUCCAAUACCUUUUAAAAAUGCUGCUGCAAAAGAACUUUUACCUAGAGGAUUUCAAGAACAUGAUGGUUUAGGAAGACGUUUUUUUAAUCUCAUGCGACAACAUUUCAAUUUUACAAUUGAAAAUGUUGAUUUCUACUCGAGUUCCAUUGAUCGUUGUAUUGCAAGUGGGAGAGCAUUUUAUAACGGUUUUAUUAAUGGACCAACUAUAAAACCUAUAUGGAAUCGUACAUUAUAUUGCGGUAAUGAAGAAAUACCAAAUAGUUGUUUACUCAAUAAUCAAUCACCAGAAAUCAAUAAUAAUGAUCAUUACAAAAAGAAGAAUAUAACAAUUAAUAAUUAUUUAUUAAGAUUUUUUGCUGAUUGUAAAAAUUAUAUUGAAAAUAUUGAAAAGAAUAAAUCAGCUAUUCGAGAAUAUUAUCAAUUUCUUAAUUCAAAUUAUAUUAUUAAUUCUUAUGAAAAUUUUAUUAAACGAUUUAAUUUAAAACGUGAAAAUUAUACAUUUGAUGAUUUAAAAAUAAUAUUUUUGGCUUGUGCGUAUGAAGUUGCUGCAAUGGAUGAUUAUGACGAUCUAUCACCUUGGUGUAGUCUAUUAACACCUUAUGAUUAUCCAGUAUGGGAGUAUUUAGCAGAUUUAAAGCAUUAUUGGCGUAAAUCGUACGGUUAUGAAUUGAAUUAUGAACAAUCGUGUCCUUUACUUGGUGAAAUAAUACAACAAAUUUAUAAUGUAGCUAUAAAUUUUCAGAAAAACAACUAUAGUCAAAAUAAUCCAACAUUACAUCGUGGAAGUUUUUGGUUCGGGCAUGCAGAAACUAUUCUACCUAUUGUCGCUGCUUUAGGUAUAUUCAAUAACUCGAUUGGUCAUUCAACUUUACACAAGUUAACAGCAGAUAGCUUUGAUGAAAGAUUAAGAAUGAUCUAUGAUACAGAUGUUCCAUCGCCUACAAUGUUUCGCACAAGUUAUAUAGCACCAUUUGCUGGCAAUGUGGCUUUUCUAUUAUAUUACUGUCCUGAUUUAGAAGAUUCUGAUAAUGAUCUGGAUAAAUUUCGUGUCAAAGUAUUGAUCAAUGAGAAAACAAUUUCUUGGCCAUUAGCUAGUUCAAUACAACCGCCUACAUUAGAUCAUCCAGGUGAAACAAAUGCUUCUCUAACAACUAUAUUACAAUAUUUCAACGGUUGUAUGCCUAAUAAUUAUGAUAAUAAUAAAGUUUGUUCACUUCACAAGACGUUUUAGAUACAUAAUUCUUUGUGAAUAACUACGAUCUACUGAUUAUAACGCCUGCUAGAUCCUUUGUCUAUUGAUUCGUAGAUAAAUAAUAUUAAUUGAUGAAUAUAACCGUUUUUGCCUUAUGCUUCUUUAUUUGUUUUCUAUCUUCAUUUUCUUCAUAUUUUACACUUUGUAUAUAUAUAUUUUUGAAAAUAAAAAACAACACACACGCACGCACUUAUUUUUAUUUAUUCGCACUGAACAAUCGAACCAUAGUCCACUAUUGAAAUUCAAAUCAACCACACAUGGAAACGAUGAUUCUUUUUGAUAAUUUACCAAUCAGUUCGUCAAUAUAAAGUAAACAAAGUCGAAAACAAUGAUAAUAGCAAUAUUCUAACACCUAUUACUACUUGUCUACCCACAAGUACAGGGUAUAUGUGUAUGUAUAGUUGAUAGUUUCUUAAUGUUGCUAAUGAUGAUUAUGUACUUGUUUGUGUUUUACAGCCAAAUACUGUUAUAGAAUUUUAAUUAAAAAGUCAAUCUCCUUAGAAAAAUGUAGUUUUCUUUUUAAUAAAUUUUAUUUUCAUUUUUACAAUGGGUAGUUUUCACUCGACUGUUUAUGUAUAUGUGACCCUUGGUUUGUUAUUUGAACAGAGAAGCUUUUUUUUGUUCAUGUUAUCAGCUUAGUUACAUUGUGCUUUUUACUUGCAUUGUAAUUAAUUUGUGGUCAAUAUGUUUUCAUUUGAAUGAAAUAUAAUCUUUUAGUGCAUUUCAAA